AUGCCCACCAAACCCUUCGAUCAGACUGACUCGGAAGAUAAUUACGACGACGGCAUCAAUCCUAACUACUGCUCUUCAAGUCGAUGGUCAGUGACGUUCACACCGGAGAAGAAUCUGAUUGUGGAUGAUGGUGACAAAUGGCCAGGUGGGGGUGGAGGCGAGGUGGGUGGCAGUCUGGGGACUGAGGUUCCUCGUCCUGGCCCAUCCUUCUUCACUAUCAUUUUAGUGACGGUGAUAAUUGGCAUUGCAUUGGUCGCUCUUAUUUGCAUUGCGUUAAUCAUUGUUUUAAUUUUAGCAAAUUCUAACACAAGAACAUCUCCAAUACCCCGAUUAUCGCAAGUUAUUGAAAACGGAACACCAAAUACAACUCUGCCUCCACCAGGGACUCCUCUAAGACAGACUCCCCAGUCAAUCUUAGGUCAGACCCUACCAGGACAGUCACCAAUAUCCCUUAAUCAUCUGGCUGUUCAUGUGGCUAAUCUCAAAUCCUUCGACAACAAUGGACUCUACAAGGAGUAUGAAGCCAUAGAGCAGGGUAGUGGGUUCACUUGGCAUCAUGCCAACAUGGAGUUGAAUAAACCGAAAAAUCGAUAUGCUAAUGUCAUUGCCUACGACCAUAGCCGCGUUUUACUCAAUCAAAUCCCGGGGGUUCCUUGCUCGGACUACAUUAACGCUAACUACUUAGAUGGAUACCGACGUCCGAAUGCAUACAUCGCAACCCAGGCAAGGCUUAAAUUAGCUUACGGUCCGCUUCCAGAGACAUUUGGUGAUUUUUGGCGCAUGAUUUGGGAACAAAAUACCCGAGUGAUAGUGAUGAUGACGAAACUGGAAGAGCGGUCCCGAAUAAAAUGCGAUCAAUAUUGGCCCUCUCGUGGAACAGAGAUAUAUCCUAUCUAUCCCGAAAAUGCACCUAGAAAUACCUCAGUUGAAUAUACAUCAUUUGCAGUAACACUGCUUGAAUCUACAGACUAUGCAUACUACACAAUUCGAACAUUCAAUCUUCAAAAAAUGACAUCCAUAUCAAAUGCCAAUGAAACAAAUUCCCAAAACUUCAAUGGAGGGUAUAAUAAUGAAAUGGAGAACCUUCACCCAGUGCAAGAAUCCAGGCAGAUAAAACAAUUCCAGUUCACAGCGUGGCCUGAUUGUGGAGCUCCUGAACAACCACAACCCCUACUACUGUUUAUUCGUCAAGUUUGUCAGGCACGACAGGCUCUAGGACCAAAACAAUCUCAAAGAGGAGUGCAAGAAAAUGGAAUUUCUGAAAACUUGUUGCAGAAUACCCAGGCCAAUCGUUUAGGACCUACUGUCGUUCAUUGUUCAGCCGGUGUUGGACGAACAGGUAUGCGUGUUUCCAUCAACCUCCAAAUAUCAUCCCAGUGUUCAAGUGCCCUUCUACCUGAAAACCGCAACAAGAAUCGCCUUGACUCCGUUCUUCCAUAUGAAAGCAAUCGUGUUGUUCUAUUAGCUACUCGAGGUUUUGAAGGCGCUGACUAUAUCAAUGCUAGUUUUGUAGAUGGCUACUGGCACGAGAGAGCCUAUAUUGCCACCCAAGCGCCAUUAGCCAGCACAACCAAAGAUUUUUGGCGAAUGAUAUGGCAGCACAAUUCUCCCAUCAUCGUGAUGCUAAGUCAAGUGGUUGAAAACUGUCGUGAACAGUGCUUCCAAUACUGGCCAUCAGAACGAUCUCAAAGGUAUGAGCAAUUUCUAGUUGAGCCCAUGGUGGAGUACAAUAUGCCAAGUUUCGUCCUUCGGGAAUUCCGAAUUACCGACACCCAGGAUGGACAGUCCCGUACUCUGAGGCAGUUUCAGUUCUCCGACUGGCCCGAUAAUGGGGUUCCGAUAUCAAAAGCGGCAGAAACCCUCAUUGAUCUAAUUUCCCAAGUUCACAAGACGCAAACCCAAUUCGGGCAAGACGGCCCAAUCACUGUACACUGCAGGUAA